AGGGACCGCGGGUUCCGGUUCGGGUCCAUUAAGGCUGUUUAUGUCCAGCCGAACUUUGCCUCUACAUCAAGCUACAGUCUGAAGAGUCUGGGUCUGAGAGAACCUCUCCUCGCUGCCUCGGUGCUCAGAAGUUCCUCCUGUGAAGCAGUCCCAGUCUGGCGGAGGACCACUGACCCGGGCCAGUUGGUUUCUGUCCCAGCCAGACGGCAGCAUGCAGGUUCUGCCGGUCUGGGGCCUCGCCGUGCCGCUGCCUGCAGUGAUGAUGAUCACCGUGGCUCUCUACAUGGCGGUUCUGGGGGUGGGGCUGUGGAUCCGAUACUGCCUCAAGGACCGCUGCUCCCCCGGCUGCUGCAGCUGCUGCCCCGAUGUGUCGCUGUGUGAGCGCUGCCUCCACCUGGCCCAGCUGUGUGACUGCCGCCUGCCGAGCCUCAGCGCCUUCCUGCCCUCCUGCUCCGCUCCUGCUUGCCUCAGCCUGGACUGCGCCUGCACCUGCCAGCCUCCUGACUGCGACUCCUGCAACUGCCUCUGCUUUGAGAUCCGGAUCAAGUAGGCCCGGUUCUGAUCCGUUUGGAGUUUAUACUCUGACCUGCAGAGAUGAAGGCUUUUUUCAGAGCUGAUCUUCACCGUGACCCGUUCCGGCUGACCAGCGGGUCUGAACUGGUUAUUUCCAUGCUGAGCAGUAGAGGGCGCUCUCGGUCCGAGCUUCUAGAUCCCAGGCUCUAUCUAGCCCCGCCUCCAGCUCGUCAUUCAGACCACCAGAUGUGAAAGAAGGCAAUGAUCAUCACCAUGGAAACAAUGAAGCAUGGUGGAGGCAGCAUUAUGGUGUGGGACAGGAAGCUGGCUCGAAAUAAAGAGACUGGUGGAGGCUAAAGAGGACAUGUGCCUGAGGUGGAGGUCCACCUUCCAGCAGGACUACUAGCCUAAACAUCAAGGUGGAGACACCAGCUGAUUGAACCGAGCCUUCAUCCAUCAUCCACCAGGUCCUCAGGUCAUCCACCAGGUCCUCAGGUCAUCCACCAGGUCUUCAGGUCAUCCGCCAGGUCCUCAGGUCAUCCACCAGGUCUAGUCCUCCACGGUUUUUCCAGUAAGGCAGGAGCUCCAGCAGCGGGGGCCCGCCUCCCCCAUCCUUUGAGCCUAGAGACGCCUCUGGCCUUCACAUACAUAGAUCUGCCGUUCCAUCGUCAUGCCGAUCGGAUCGUGUCAGCUCUGACACCAGGCCAGUUCUGCGUCCUCCAUGUUCCCCCGGUCGACUGAUGAGAUCAGGAGCAGAACGUUUCCCGUCGCUGACGCCAGGAAGAAGAAGAAGGGCGGCGGUGGCUGGGAGGAGGCACAUGUGUUUGACACAAACAGGAUGUCAUUGGUCCAACAAACCGACCCUCCAGAGGCUGACGGCGUGCUGAUGUGGCGCUGACGGCAUGCUGAUGUGGCGCU